UUCCAUCUUUGGGUGUUACUCCGAUUGUGUUUCAGUACGAAACGCCGAAAGGAAACAUCACCUGAAUUUGCCGCAUAUUUGGCCGAAUCCUGCGAUUUGAAUUGCGGUGAUGGAGCUCCCAUGCACAUUUUGCCUCUAAUGUCACCAUUUUUAGUAACUUUGCAUUGCGUGUUCCGACUACUUUGUAGAUGAGGUUUCGCAGGAUUGGAAUGGUAUAAACAUGUACAUGCCGGACUCCGGGACGAUUGCAUGGUGCCUGGGACCGGAGUUCGAGGCCCUGUUGUGGAACACACUGUAGAUAAUUUCUCCAGCUUCAUCCGAGUUGGAGAGACAUUCAGGUUCGCGAAUAGAAUGGGGAAGUUACCCAGGUUGUUGGCACUGCUGGGGAUAUGGGUCCUCAUGGCUGGAAUGGGUGAAGCCGUCGAAGGUCUCAAUGUGGAAAUAACGACAUAUAUUGUUCAGGUGAGCUCGAGCAGUCGAAGUGGUUCCAUGAACACUCUCGAAGAUGCUUCGACAACGUACGCCUCCAUGAUUCAGGCAGUGUCACAGGGUUCGACUGUGAUCUCAUACGAAAUGUCACAAGAGCGCUUGAAGUAUGUCUUCGGUGGGCAUGCCCUCAGUGGGUUUACGGCCCUUCUUACUUCCCAGGAAGCCGACGCCCUAAUGCAGAGAGAUGAUGUGAUGGCGGUUUACCGUGAUCAACAGUAUUUCCCCCAGACUACCCGUACUCCUGGGUUCAUAGGCUUGAGUACCUCCUCCGGGCUAUGGCCAGAAAGCAAUUACGGAAGUGACACGAUUGUUGGUGUUUUAGACACAGGCGUGUGGCCAGAGAGUGAGAGCUUCAAUGACGUGGGGUUUGGGCCAAUUCCAGCUCGCUGGAGAGGAACGUGCCAGACCGGUAAGAGCUUUACCAGGGAGGUUUGUAACAAGAAGCUUAUUGGCGCCAGAUACUUCUCCGCCGGGUAUGAGGCGGUCGCGGGACCCAUAGCUGACAAUUCUACUGAAGUGAGAUCCCCAAGGGACACUGAGGGACAUGGAACUCACACGGCGUCCACAGCGGCCGGAUCGCCUGUGAACGGAGCCAGCCUGAAUGGACUUGCUGCUGGAAUUGCACAAGGUAUAGCGCCGAAGGCACGAGUCGCAGUCUACAAGAUUUGUUGGAGCCAAGGGUGUUUCGCCUCUGACAUCUUGGCAGGUUUCGAGGCAGCCGUGGCCGAUGGGGUGGACGUAAUCUCUCUCUCCGUGGGUGGUGAGGUUGAAAAGUACGAAGUAGAUUUGAUUGCGAUCGGAGCUUUCGGAGCUGCGAAGAGUGGUAUCUUUGUGUCUUGCUCGGCUGGAAAUUCUGGGCCGGGGCCGGGUACGGUCCAGAACAAUGCCCCCUGGGUAAUGACUGUAGGAGCAAGCACCGUAGACAGAGAAUUCCCUGCUGACGUCGAGCUUGGUGACGGCAAGAUCAUCAGCGGAACAUCGCUGUACAGUGACAAUAGUGCGGCUGAGGUUAUGAAAUCAUUGGUUUUUGGAGGUGAUGCAGCCCUAAAAAAUAAAACAGAAGGUGCCAAGUGCACAGACAACUCGUUGGAUCCGGAGAAGGUGAAGGACAAGAUUGUUCUCUGCCAACGAGGAAUAAAUGGCCGCGUCGCGAAAGGGGAUGUGGUGCGCUCAGCCGGAGGCGCAGGUAUGAUUCUCGCGAACUCUGGUGUGGAUGGAGAAGGACUCAUUGCCGACAGCCACCUCUUGCCUGCUGUAAUGGUUGGCGCGGCAGGUGGAAGCACCACCCUGGCCUACAUCACAUCUACCCCCGCUCCUACUGCGAAGCUUUCCUUCAGUGGAACAAAACUGGGCGUCACACCUGCCCCUGCAAUGGCAUCCUUCUCUUCACGAGGACCAAAUCCCCUAAAUUCCAACGUUUUGAAACCUGAUAUCACUGCCCCAGGGGUAAACAUCCUCGCGGCUUGGACUGGUGCUGCAGGCCCAAGCCCCUUAGCUUCUGACACCAGAAGGGUGAAAUUCAAUAUCAUCUCUGGAACUUCCAUGUCAUGCCCUCACAUCAGCGGAUUGGGAGCUUUACUGAAAAGCAAAUACCAGGAUUGGAGCCCCUCAGCGAUCAAGUCCGCCAUCAUGACCUCGGCUUCUCUCAUCGACAACACGCGUGGAAAAAUAACGGAUCAAGUCACGGGCAUCAGUGCAACUCCCUUUGACUUUGGCUCUGGGCAUGCCACGGCUAACGCAUUGGAUCCAGGCUUGGUGUAUGAUAUGGCCACCAAGGAUUACGUGAAUUUCUUGUGCGCAAUUGGCUACUCGGUGGAUAUCAUCGUGAGAUUCACCGCUAAUGCAGUCACCUGUCCGAAUCCCAGAGUCGAGAUUGAGGAUAUGAACUAUCCUUCGUUCUCUGCCGUUUUUAAGCCACGCAUGCUCCUGCAAGGCAACUCAAAGAGUUUCACGAGGAAGGUGACCAACGUUGGGUUUCCAAAAUCCACUUACACGGCCAAAACUACAUCUCCCGAUGGUUACACAAUCACCGUUGACCCGGGGACAUUGACCUUCAGUGAGAUAAACGAGAUCAAGAGCUUCACUCUCACAGUGACUUCGAAUAAUCCCCUUAACAUUGUUCGAGCAGGGACGAAAUUUGGAUCUUUGGAAUGGUCAGACGGAAAGCAUUUCGUACGAAGUCCCAUUGCUAUCACUAUGCAGAGUUAGGCGAUUUGUCAUCCAUUUUUUUGGCGUUUGUGUAUCCUCUUCACAACCUGGCUGGAUAUUGGCCUUGAUAUUAUUUUUUAUCCUAUUAUGGCUGUAUCUUUAGAUACAAUAAGGCUGAACAAAAGUAUGAAUCUGGUACGGAAAUUGUCAUGGACAAAUCCCUUUGCGAUAUCUCUUUAUUACAUAUUACACGUCAUUUUUUAGGAUGGUAGUAAAGCAGAAACUGUGAGAAAAAAACGUAGAACAUUUGCAAAUUAACUCAAUUUUGAAUCGAAUAUAAUCCUUGAAUCUGUACCUAGACUGUUUUGUAUGUUGAGGCUAAACUGUACUAGUGGAUGUUUGGGGAGCUGUGUAGAUCCCUCCCAAAACUGAUACUAGAGAGAUUAGUAACCUACUUCAUAGGAGACCUUCUUGUGCUCUUCUCGAAUCGUGUGGGAAUGAAGCCGUUUGCAAGCGAAAUGGAAGCGCAAGCGGCUUGUCAACAGCAGCUACAUGGGUUACAUUUCAAGAAGCUUCAACAGUUGUGCCCGAAGUGGAGGAAUGGAUGGAGAGGAAUAGCUGCGACACAUUGAUGAUGUGCUGAUGUGCUCUGGUGUUACAGUUUGAUUGUCCAUAUGUCCCAGAAGCAGCCACGCAUUCUGCAGUAUGUCUAAACUGGUAUUCCCCAUGCCACUCGAGCUCUAGGUUCCCGUUUUGUACACGUCCCUGACUGGCAAGCUGAAUACGACAUUUUUUGCGGGAAAUGCAAUAUAUCCUGCUUUCAGUACGUAGUUGUUUCAUGUAUAUCUCAUUGUAGCUGUUGGUAGAUGAUAACGUGAUCUUCAUCUGUAUGCAUACGUGAUCUAUACUCAUUCUCAAAAGAAAUUCGUGAGAAAAUUUGUAGACACCGAA